AUGCACGCACUGACUAUUUUCUGUAUACUAGAAGUCAUGCUGUUCGGUGUGAAAGUGUUUGCUCAAAACCAAACACUAAAUGCCACAGAUCCAUCGACAACGAUAAAAAAUGACACUUCCUCGGCGAUCCCGUGCACCACGAGCAGAGGCGAAGCCGGCACCUGUUUAGGGAGAGAGCGAUGUGACUAUGGUACCCCGUCCAUAGAUUUCACGCUCUACGUACCACAUGGCUAUAUGAAGUAUUGCACAGCCGAUACCGUGUGUUGUCCUCCAGGCUACACCAUUCAAGAGUCUGAUCACGAUUACAAAACUCAAACUGAUGCCGACUUCGAUUUUGACGACGAUGAUUGA